AUGAAGGCCUUUGUAGUGUGUGCUCUUCUCAGCUUCGUAGCCGCCGACAGGCGACCAAGCAACGGGUAUGGAGCCCCUCCUGCUCCUCCAAGCAACGGCUAUGGAGCUCCUCCAAGCAACUCCUAUGGCCCACCUAGGAACUCCUACGGAGUAGAUCCUCUUGUAGCUAAAUUGGCACAGAACAUUCCUGGCGGCGGAGUUCCUGGAGAAGACUACCCUAUUUUGGCCUCCGUCCCUGAUACUCGUUUCUCCUGCGAUGCUCAGAAUGUCCCUGGUUAUUAUGCCGACACUGAUCGUCAGGCUGGCUGCCAGGUCUUCCACAUCUGCCAGGACAGGCCCAAUGGACGCCGUCAGCAGGACUCCUUCCUCUGCCCCAACGGCACCAUCUUCAACCAACAGUACCUCGUCUGUGACUGGUGGUUCAACUUCGACUGCGCUGACGCUGAAGAUUUCUACUCGGGCAACGAGCAGAUUGGGGUCGUUGCCUACGACCCUUACGGCAGAAGUCGCAACGGUAACGGAAACAACAUCUCCUAG